AUGGAGUCCAAUUCAUCUUCUUCCGCUGGCGGUGCCCAAUUGACAAGGUGGACGGGGUCACCUCUCUGCCGAUGUCUUGAAUCCCCGAUAGUACUGACUUCCUGGGUUGACAACGAGCCAUCCCAUGGAUGGCAGAAACGAGCGUUGAUUAAAGCGAGAAACCGGAUCCGCGCGCUGAAGACGGAGGUGGAGUACUACAAAAGGUUGAAGGAUGAGGAAAGAGGCAAGAAUUAG